CCCACGUGGGUUCAGCUCCCGUUCCCCGAGUCUCCCUAAACUCCUUCUCGGCGGCGACUUCGUGGACAUGGGGCGCUCGGGCAAGUUGCCGUCCGGGGUCUCGGCUAAACUGAAACGCUGGAAGAAAGGCCACAGUAGCGACAGCAACCCCGCCACCUGCCGCCACCGCCAGGCCGCCCGUAGCCGCUUCUUCAGCCGGCCUUCAGGGAAGAGCGAGCUGACCGUGGACGCGCUGAAGUUGCACAAUGAGCUGCAGUCCGGAUCCCUGCACCUCGGCCCGAAGGAAGGGGCCGAGAUGGCCGUGGACGGAGGGGAAGAGGCCGUGACGCUGGCCUCCUCGGAAAGGACCUACGGCACCUUCCUGAGCGGCCUCACCGACUGCACAAACCUCACUUUCAGCAAAGUGCAGCGCUUCUGGGAGUCCAAUUCGGCUGCCCACAAAGAGAUUUGUGCUGUUCUGGCUGCUGUCACAGAGGUGAUUCGUUCUGAGGGAGGAAAGGAGACAGAGACCGAGUACUUUGCUGCUCUGAUGACAACGCUAGAAGCAGUGGAGUCCCCUGAGUCUCUGGCCGCUGUCGCUUAUCUGCUCAACCUUGUCCUGAAGCGUGUGCCAAGCCCUGUGCUUAUGAAGAAGUUCUCAGACACCUCCAAAGUUUUUAUGGAUCUCCUGUCCACCCAGGCUGGCGGCAGCUCCACCUCUGCUCUCCGAUGGAUUCUCUCCUGUCUCGCCACCCUCCUGCGGAAACAGGACCUGGAGGCCUGGGGCUACCCUGUGACGAUGAAGGUGUACCAUGGUCUACUGAGCUUCACUGUGCACGCCAAGCCCAAGAUCCGGAAGGCUGCGCAGCAUGGAGUAUGCUCAGUCCUCAAGGGCAGCGAUUUCAUGUUUGGGGACAAGGCCCCUGCUCACCAUCCUGCUGCUCCGUCCACUGCCAAGUUCUGCAUCCAGGAGAUGGAGAAGUCUGGAGGCUCUAAGGAGGCCACGGGCACACUACACAUGCUAACCCUAUUGAAGGACCUGCUGCCCUGCUUCCCUGAAGGCCUGGUCAAGAGCUGCUGUGAGACUCUCCUAAAGGUCAUGACCUUGAGCCAUGUGCUGGUGACAGCCUGUGCCAUGCAGGCCUUCCAUGGCCUCUUCCAUGCCAAGCCCGGCCCGGGUACGCUCUCAGCGGAACUCAGUGCACAGAUCAUCACGGCUUUGUAUGAUUAUGUUCCCAGCGAAAAUGACCUACAGCCCCUGCUGGCCUGGCUUAAAGUCAUGGAGAAAGCCCACAUCAACCUGGUCAGGCUCCAGCGGAACUUGGGCCUAGGCCACCUCCCUCGUUUCUUUGGAACUGCGAUGAGCUGCCUCCUCUCCCCUCAUUCACAAGUGGUGACAGCUGCUACCCAGAGCCUCCAGGAGCUCCUGAAGGAAUGUGUGGCUCCCCACAUGGCUGACAUUGGUUCUGUGACCUCCACCAGUACAGGCCCUGCCCAGUAUGUGGCCAAAAUGUUCAGGUUUGUGGAAGAGGGCCUGACAUACAAGUUCCAUGCAACUUGGAGUUCUGUGUUGUCACUGCUGUGUGCCUUCUUCCAUGCCUGUGGGAGGCAGGCCCACCCCGUCAUGAAGAAGUGCCUCCAGUCCCUGUGUGACCUUCGCCUUUCCCCCCACUUCCCCCACACGACAGCUCUGGACCAGGCCGUGGGGGCUGCAGUGGCCAGCAUGGGGCCUGAGGUAGUUUUAGAGGCUGUGCCCUUGGAAAUUGACGGCUCUGAAGAGACUCUGGAUUUCCCGCGGAGCUGGCUGUUGCCUGUCAUCCGGGACCAUGUCCAGGAGACACGGCUGGGUUUCUUCACCACCUACUUCUUGCCUCUGGCCACCACCCUGAAGAGCAAAGCAAUGGAUCUGGCCCAGGCAGGCAGCACAGUGGAGUCCAAGAUCUAUGACACGCUACAGUGGCAGAUCUGGACCCUUCUGCCUGGCUUUUGCACAAGGCCCACAGAUGUGGCCGCCUCCUUCCGAGGACUGGCGCGGACUCUGGGCAUGGCCAUCAGUGAGCGCCCAGACCUCAGGGUCACUGUGUGCCAGGCCCUGCGCACUCUCAUCACCAAGGGCUGUGAGGCAGAGGCUGACCAAGCAGAAGUGAGCCGUUUUGCCAAGAAUUUCCUGCCAAUCCUCUUCAAUCUGUAUGGGCAGCCUGUGGCAGCCGAUGACACCCCAGCCCCUCGCCGAGCUGUGUUGGAAACCAUCCGAACGUACCUCACCAUUACAGAGUCUCAGCUAGUGAACAGCUUACUGGAAAAGGCCAGUGUAAAGGUGCUCGACUCUGCCAGCUCUGACUUCACCAGAUUGUCUGUCUUGGACCUGGUUGUGGCCUUGGCCCCUCAUGCUGAUGAAGCUGCCAUCAGCAAGCUGUACUCCACCAUCCGGCCCUACCUGGAGAGCAAGGCCCACGGGGUGCAGAAAAAGGCCUACCGCGUGCUAGAAGAGGUGUGUGCCAGUGAGCAGGGCCCAGGAGCAUUGUUUGUGCAGAACCACCUGAAAGAUCUGAAGCAGACCCUGCUGGAUUCUCUGCAGAGCACCUCCUCGCCUGCCAAGAGGCCCCGUUUGAAGUGCCUCAUCCAUAUUGUGAGGAAACUCUCGGCUGAGCAUGAGGAUUUCAUCGCCGCCCUCGUCCCCGAGGUACUCCUGUGCACCAAGGAAGUGUCCGUGGGUGCUCGCAAGAAUGCCUUCACCCUGCUACUGGAGAUGGGCCGUGCUUUCCUACGUUUUGGUCCUAGCUGUGAAGAAGCGCUGCAGCGUUACCUCGUCCUGAUCUAUCCUGGCCUCGUGGGCACCGUGACCAUGGUCAGCUGCAGCAUCCUGGCCCUUACCCAUCUCCUUUUUGAAUUUAAAGGCCUGAUGGGAUCCAACACGGUGGAGCAGUUGCUGCAAAACGUGUGUCUUCUCCUGGCCUCUCGCACUCGAGAUGUGGUCAAGUCAGCACUGGGCUUCAUCAAAGUGGCAGCUGUGGCCAUGGAUGUGACACUCUUGGCAAAGCACGUACAUUUGGUGAUGGACUCUAUCGGGAAACUCUCUGACGAUAUGCGGCGACACUUCCGCAUGAAGCUCCGAAAUCUGUUCACCAAGUUCAUUCGGAAGUUUGGGUUUGAGCUGGUGAAGGGGCUGCUGCCCGCAGAGUACCACAAAGUGCUGGUGAACAUUCGGAAAGCUGAGGCCCGGGCCAAGAGGCACCGUGCUCUGAACCAGGCUGCCAUGGAGGACGAGUCCCAGGAGGAGGAGGAAGAGCCGGCCCAGGGCAAAGGCGACAGCAUUGAGGAGAUCCUGGCUGAUUCAGAAGAUGAGGAGGAGGAGGAGGAUGACAGGAGUCGGGGCAGAGAGCAGCGGAAACUCGCUCGCCAGAGGAGCCAGGCAUGGCUGAAGGAAGGUGGUGGGGAUGAGCCCCUCAACUUCCUGGACCCCAAGGUGGCCCAGCGAGUCCUAGCUACACAGCCUGGGCUGGGCCAAGGCAAGAAGGACCAUGGCUUCAAGGUGAGUGCUGAUGGCCGGCUGAUCAUCCGAGAGGAAGAGGAGGAGGAGAACCCGGUCAAGGUGGAGGAAGAGGAGGACAUGAAAGGGGAAGAUGAAGAGAUGGUGGAGCUGAUGGCAAACAUGGGCAGCAUCAGGAGUAAGAAAAAUUCGAAGCGUCCACACCAGAAAGAGGCAGACGACGAGGAGCUGGAGGUGCCCCCUCAAUACCAAGCUGGAGGCUCUGGCAUUCAUCGUCCUCUGACCAAGAAGGUGGCACCAGGAGCUGAGUACAAGGCUAAGAAAGCAAAAGGGGACAUGAAGAAAAAAGGCCGGCUGGAUCCCUAUGCAUACAUCCCCCUCAACAGAACCAAGCUGAACCGCAGGAAGAAGAUGAAGCUGCAAGGCCAGUUUAAAGGCCUGGUGAGAGCCACCCAGCGGGGGUCCCAAGUGGGACACAAGCUGCGCAGGAAGGAGCGUCGGCCAUGAUGGACGCCCAAGGCUUCUGGGACUGCUCUGUGAUCUGCUUCUUGAUACCAGCUCCAGAUGCUCAGGACAGAACUAGGAGCAGACACUGCUUGGCAACAGGACACUUCCCCAAUCCUCCCUGUUGUUGGGAAGCUCUGAGUGCACAGCCCUUGAGUCUUAGGGACUGGAGAUGUGUGCAGUCUAUUUCCUGCCCAGAGGAUCUUGGUGGCAACUGACUGUCCUCUGGGGCCUCCAGCUGCUGGGAGUCACCUCCCCUUAGUGGCUGUAGGCUGUAUAUGUACAACCAUGUGAGAGGCUCGCUGUCUGUGGACUAGAAUAAACCUGUACCUCCAGGAACAGCA